UCCUGAAAGAAAGGCAGCAACAGGCUCUCGACUUUCAACCCCGAAAAGAAACCUACGUUCAUCCACCAAAUUCAAACACAACCAUCAAAAAAGGCACGGCGGUUUUCUAUUCGUGAUUACAACCGGUGUCGGUCUUUUCCCCAGAGACCCUCUUUCAUCAGCCACCCUUUUUAUCGCCACGCUCACAUCCAAAUCAAGUCGCGACACGAACGACCAUGUCCGACGCCAACUCCCCAGCCGGGUCGCGGGCUGGAUCGGCCGAGCCAACUCAUCACGAUGAACGCCGUGAUGGCUCUGCAGAUAUCCACAAUGACGACGACGGCAAUGCUUCCGACAAGGAUUCCGAUCUCCUCUCCGAAAUCGACGAAGACCAAUUCGAGGAUUACGAUCCCACUUUCGAGGAGAGGCCUGUUGAGAUUGACGAGAAUGUAGCAAUGACCUUGAAGGCUGCGAAACGGAAGCGGACGGAUGGGGAGGCAUCGAAGAAGCCGAAGGAGGCACGUCGACCGAAAAAGAGGUCGCGGGCAACAGACGACGACGUUGGCGAUGCGGAAGUAAGGGAGCGACGGCCGCGGAAAGCACGCGCUACAGCCGAGCGACAGACUGCUGCAAGCAAGGAAGCGCCACAAGAGGAGGAAAAUGAGGAGCACCUCACGCCGGAGGAGCGCCGCCGCCGGGCAUUGCACCGAGCCAUGGAUAACGCUUUAAAGAACCCCUCGAAGCGGAGACGCAAGAAGGAUGAAAUUGAUCUCGAAGAUGCAGUUGAUGACCAGAUUGCCCACCUCAAAGUGGCAAUGGAGAAGGCUUGCGUGGCGGACAACGAUGCGCGCGAGAGAGGCAUGGCUGCUACAAACAAGUUGCAACUGCUCCCGCAAGUCACGGCCCUGCUCAACCGAACUGCCGUACAAGGCUCCGUUCUCGACCCCGAUACCAACCUACUUCAAUCCGUCAAGUACUUCCUCGAGCCGCUCAACGAUGGCAGCCUGCCGGCAUACAACAUCCAACGCGACCUAUUCAAUGCCCUCGCGGCGCUGCCUAUUAAUAAGGAGGCACUCCUAAGUAGCGGCAUCGGCAAGGUUGUCUACUUUUACACGCGCAGCAAGCGCCCCGAGACCAGCAUCAAGCGGAUAGCAGAGCGGCUAGUUGGCGAAUGGAGUAGGCCGGUCCUGAAACGGACAGAUGACUACAAGAAACGCCAAAUCGAAACUCGCGAUUUCGAUUUUGCUGCCGCGAAACUUGCCCAGCGCCAAGGGGCCGCCGCGUCUGGCUCGCAGAUGACGCUGACCCAGCGACCGGCAGGCGGGAAGUCGCGGUUCGAACUGGAGCGCGAACGCAUGCUCGCGCCCGAGAUCAAGAACACCAACCGCGCCCAGCCGGCUGGUCUUCCCGCCAGCUACACCAUCGCCCCGCGCAGCACGUUCGACGCGACGCGGGGCACGGACGAGUUCCGCCCCGUUGGUGCUGCUGGCUUGGAGGCGUUCCGCAAGAUGACGCAGAAGGGGAAGGGCGGUGGUCGGCGCUAGUUGGGCGAGUAGAAGGAUGGGUCUCUGUUAAAAUGGUACGGUUGGUCACAUUGGGAUAGCGCCGAGGGAGCAGGUAUG